UCUCUCGCAUCGAAAAAGAACAGAACGAGUUCUAAAAUAUUCAAUCAGUACCAUUUAUCGAAUAUCACACAGCUGAUGAGCCAUAAGAAUUUUCAUAAUAGUCGUCCGACAACUUUGUAUAUUUUCGGAUGGCUCCAAAAUAUCAAUAGUGAUGCUGAGAGCAAACUUAUCGAUGCUUAUAUUAGACGAGGAGGAUAUAACUUUUUAGUUUUCGAUUGGAGUGACUAUAAUGUCGAUUUUUACUCCACUGUAAAAACUAGAGUACCAUGGGUGGGUCGUGUGGCUGGGAGAGCUUUCUUGAAAUUAUUUAAUAAAGGAUUGAAUGAUCAAACUUUUCAUUGUGUUGGACAUAGCUUUGGUGCUCAGGCAUGUGGUUUUAUGGGAAGAGAAAUUCUAGCAUCCUCAAGAGGAAGAUUUAAAUUAGGAAGAAUAACAGGUCUUGAUCCUGCCAAUUGGAUAACUCAUCCAAUAAUUUAUGAAAAUCCACUUAUGCCUAGUGAUGCUUCCUUUGUUGACACAAUCCAAACUGAUGGAUUUUUCAUAGGAUCACGAACCCCUUUUGGACAUGUAACGUUCCUUCCGAAUAAUGCAGAUGUUCAGCCAGGAUGUCCACCUUUUAGAAAUGAUAACUUUUAUAAUUAUGUCAGCUCAUUUUGCAGUCAUAUUAAUGCCAACCGAUAUUGGACAGAAUCAUUGAACCCAAAUGGAGCAAAUCUUUAUUCAGCCUUUAAAUGUUCGAGCUGGAGAGACUAUAAGAAUGGAUAUUGUAGUAAAAAUCCAAUUAAUUAUAUGGGACUGAAUGCAAGCGCUGACAUACCUGGAGUAUUUUAUUUAGAACUUAAAACCAGCAAAGUAUUCAACCAUGAUAAGCAGUUUUCUGAUACACUAAGUGCGAUUGGAAGAUUUAUACUUCAUGGGAGAUUAUUAGAAAAUUUCUAACUUUGUCCCAUGGAUGUUCAUGGAUAGAAAAACAACACUCUUAAAUAUCAUUUUUAAUAUACAUAUUUAUUUAUAAUUUAAAUAUACACGAUUCAGUAUGUAGAAGUGAACGAACAUAAAUGGAUACAUAACAUACAAAUAAAUUUAAAAUUCAUUAUCGUUGUUGUCAUGCUUCACAUUUAAUGUAUGUUUAAAAUAAAUUAGCAAUUCAUGCCGCAAUUUCAACUUUUUAAUUUUCAUAAUUCUUUCCAAUUUUAUUUUAUAUAUUGAUAUUUUUAAAAAAUCAUUUUAUUUACUCACACGAAAAACUUUUUUUUUCACUAUUUUUUUGGCUUUUUUGGCGCUUCUGUGAUUACAUUUUUUUUAUUACUGUUUGUGGUUUCUGUGUGCUUUCAAUUGGGUUAUAAUUAUUUUUAAAAUACAUAUUGUUCAUUUGAAUUAUUUAUUGCAAUUAAAUUGCUGUUGCUGUAGUGGUUUGAAACAAAUUAAUUAAGAAAAUGUUAUUAUUAAAGCAGAUUAAAUAGUUUCUUGGUAAAUUUUGGGUACUUAAGGUUUUUGAAUAUUUUUUGGCAUAGUGGUCACAACGCUACGCUUGAAUUUCAAAGAAAUUUGAUAUU